AUGGCUUCCGACGGCAUCGCCCCCAGAGGUAUUAUUUUUUCGUCUCUUCUUCUUGUGUUCAAACAGACAGACGUCAAGACGCCGAGAGAUGUAUGUGUUGUCGGGGUCGCACGCACCCCUAUGGGUGGUUUCCUUGGUGCCUUGUCUUCCUUGCCUGCUACAAAACUUGGCUCUAUAGCAAUUCAAGCUGCUCUGGAAAGAGCAAAUGUGGAUCCAGCCCUCGUGCAGGAGGUCUACUUUGGAAAUGUCUUGAGUGCUAAUUUGGGACAAGCUCCCGCAAGGCAAGCUGCUCUGGGUGCCGGGAUACCAAACUCUGUUGUUUGCACCACUGUUAACAAAGUCUGUGCAUCUGGCAUGAAAGCUACUAUGUUUGCAGCACAGUCAAUUCAAUUGGGUAUCAAUGAUAUUGUUGUGGCAGGUGGCAUGGAAAGCAUGUCCAAUGCCCCAAAGUACAUUGCUGAAGCUAGGAAGGGGUCUCGUUUUGGUCAUGACACACUUGUUGACGCCAUGCUUAAGGAUGGGCUUUGGGAUGUAUACAAUGAUUGUGCCAUGGGAAUGUGUGCCGAGCUUUGUGCUGACAAUCAUGCCCUCACAAGAGAAGACCAGGAUGCAUUUGCUAUCCAAAGCAACGAGCGUGGAAUUGCUGCUCGCGACAGUGGUGCUUUUACAUGGGAGAUCGUCCCAGUUCAAGUUCCUGUUGGUAGAGGAAAACCCCCAACACUCAUUGACAAAGAUGAAAGCCUGGAUAAGUUUGACCCUGUAAAACUAAAGAAACUUCGCCCAAGUUUCAAGGAGAAUGGUGGUACAGUUACAGCUGGAAAUGCUUCUAGUAUAAGUGAUGGAGCUGCUGCAUUAGUUUUGGUGAGUGGGCAGAAGGCUCAAGAGCUUGGCCUGCAAGUCCAUGCAAGGAUCAAAGGAUAUGCUGAUGCAGCUCAAGCUCCGGAGCUUUUUACAACCACUCCAGCACUUGCAAUACCAAAGGCUAUCGCAAAUGCUGGAUUAGAGUCAUCCCAUGUUGAUUUCUAUGAGAUUAAUGAAGCCUUUUCGGCUGUUGCACUUGCAAAUCAAAAGCUUCUUGGGAUUCCUUCAGAAAAGAUUAAUGUUCAUGGAGGAGCUGUAUGUUUAGGACAUCCUCUCGGGUGCAGUGGUGCUCGCAUUUUGGUUACCCUUAUUGGUGUUCUCAGGGCGAAGAGUGGCAAGAUCGGAGUUGCUGGUGUUUGCAAUGGUGGAGGCGGAGCAUCAGCUCUUGUUCUCGAGCUCGCAUAA